AUGGCACAUGCAGAAAUCGGCGAAGCCGCAUCAGGAGAGCCAGCAGGGAUGAUGAGGAGCACUAGCCUCAUGAAGACAACUACCUCGAUGAACAGGGAGAAUUCGCAGAGCGUGGACGACCUGUCCCGAGACGGCGCCGGUGCGAGGGUGUUGGUGCGGGUGCGGACGGGCGACCGCCGCUACGCCGGCACGGACGCCAACGUGCGCGUCACGCUCAUGGACGCCGACGGACGCUGUUCGAGGGCCAAGUUGCUGAGCCAUGCGUUCCGCAACGAGCUGGAGCGGAAUCAGGCGUCCGAGUUCCAUGUGCGGACGCCGGUGGGGUUCGGAUCCGUCAAGUUCCUCAUGGUCUCCAGGGACGCCUUCGGGUUCGGCAGUGCUUGGUUCUUGGACAGGAUCGAGGUCGUGGAGUCGUUGCCUCCGGGAUCCAAGGACCUGACGACGACGAAGGUGUUUCCGUUUAUCCGAUGGAUCAAGGCCAACAAAACGUACAUUGUUCAGGAAUACGAUUGUUGUUUGCCGCAAAAAGACCAUCACUUCGCAGAACGCACUGAGGAAUUGCGCAGAAUCCGGCAGCAGUUUCAGUAUGCCAUCAGGAUCUUGCCGCCUAUCGGCCCUAUUCAGUUCCUCAUGGUCUCCAGGGACGCCUUCGGGUUCGGCAGUGCUUGGUUCUUGGACAGGAUCGAGGUCGUGGAGUCGUUGCCUCCGGGAUCCAAGGACCUGACGACGACGAAGGUGUUUCCGUUUAUCCGAUGGAUCAAGGCCAACAAAACGUACAUUGUUCAGGAAUACGAUUGUUGUUUGCCGCAAAAAGACCAUCACUUCGCAGAACGCACUGAGGAAUUGCGCAGAAUCCGGCAGCAGUUUCAGUAUGCCAUCAGGAUCUUGCCGCCUAUCGGCCCUAUUCAGGUGAAGCACGUUCCAUUGGACGAGGACUUCGCUGGCUAUUAUUUCUCGUGCGAAACUGAUGCGAACGUUGGAGUGAUCUUGGGUGCAGUCCGUUGCACAAUUCGUCGCCAAAAAUCCUGUGUAGGAGUACUUUCCGGGACAGAGUUCGCAAAUGAGGAAACGCCGGAUAGAAGUCGUGCGAAACUGAUGCGAACGUUGGAGUGA